AUGCCCCGACGUCGUGACUUUCCCCAACGAGAAGAGAACCCCAACCGCCGCAUCGACGCCUGGGACGACGGUUUUGCUCCUCCUCAUCAAAUGCCCCGCCAACGCUCCCCCUCCCCCCGUCGCUCGCGACCCUCAAACCGCUACCCUCCCCGAACAAGACAAUUCACCCCCUCGCCACCCCCCUACAAUGACGACUACCACCACUCCCCCCGCCCUCGUACCGGUGGUGGUGGCGCAAACCAAGAUUACUUCCACGACCACCCCCUCAACAACAGCAACCCUAACCCUGACCACCACCGCGGCCGAACAUCACACGGUCAACAACAACGGCCGCCGUUGACGAGGUCAAAGUCGACUUCGGCAAAGGAGUUCUUGGUGACAGGGUUGGAAAAGGUGCAGCAUAUGAGCCCGAGGUGGCAAAAGGCUGCGCAGGCCGCGGUGCAGGCGGGGGGGUUGGCGGCGUUUCAGGCGAGGAAGCAGCCGGGGGAUUGGGUUGGGGCUAAGGGGGUCAAGGUUGCCACCGCGGCUUUUACGGCUGGGUUGGCGAGCAGUAAGAUGCAUAAGGAGAGGGGACGGGAUAGGGAGUAUGAGAGGGAUAGGGAUUAUGAGAGGGAUAGGAGUUAUGAGAGGGAUAGGAGCCGGGAUAGGAGCCGGGGGAGGGAUCGGGACAGGGAGAGGAACAGGCCGACGGGGGGCCAGAGGAGGGGGAGUAACCUGGAUGCUAUUGGGAAUAUGGUUGGGGGGUUUGUGGCUGAGCAGUUUGCGAAGAGGGCGCAGAAGGAUAGAAGGUAG